CUAAUUCAAACUAGUAGACGGAUUAUUAUAAAAUCAAUACAACAUCUAAGCUAAAUCACUACUAAUUCAAACUAGUAGUAGUUUUUCCCUUGGUUCGGACGGUGCUAACUAUUGUACAAUUAGCACCAUAACCGCUCCCAUCUGCUGGCUAUAGGUGUUGAGUGUUGACACUUAAUUGGUCCACACAACAAAGUGCAGCAUUAAUCAAGAUCUUUCAAGUGUUUGUUGUUCCCCACUCCAAACAGAAAAUAUCCACUAAACCUCGACAAUAACCGUCAUUUGAAAACUACUAAUUACAUACCAUUAUGAUAGUUUAACACCCACUUAAGCCGCUAAUGGAGGGUUGGGAAUGAUUUGACAACGACACUAAUGGAAAUUGGAAAGUCCAUAAUCAGAUUUUUUUUCCUAACCCUUCCAUAAUUAUCUCCCACCACCAUAGCUCUACUAGAAUAUUUCCUCCCUCUAUAUAUAAAUCAUAAUUCAUACAUCCCACCAUCUCAACAAACCUCACUAUACCCUUUAAUCCAGCCCACAAAUGAAGCUCCUAAUCCCACCUCGUUUACUGUUACUGUUCAUCGUCUCUAUGCUGAUGAAUCAUCAUCACGUUUGUUGUGCCGCUUCUGCCUCCACCGUGAUGAAGAUCAUGAAGAGCAGAAAGAUGGCGGAGUCUUCGUCCUUGCUCGGAGAAGACGCCAAUGGCGCAAGAGUUCAGCACUACUCUGUAGCUGGAAGCGCGAGCAGUGGUGAAGUUGUUGUUGGCAAGGAAAGUUCAGAAGAAGGUGGCAACAAUGGUAACAUGAUUAACAGUAAUAAGAAUGGGGAGGUAGAAUUGAAUAACCAUCACAACAUACCAAGAUCUGAUUUUGGUGGGUACGGUAGCAGCCAGAUUGGAACCAAGUCUCAGUCGCCCUAAUUAUUUUGUAUGUCUAUUAUUUUGAAGGUCUGUUUCCUUUUUUUGUUUUAUGGGUGAGAGAGUAGUCAACGUUGUAUACGAAAACCUUAUUACGAAGCUACGUACUUAGGUAUAUGGAUAGCGGAACAAGCUACAUAUGCGUUCAUAAAUAGUCUUAUCUAUCUAUAAAUUUCCUGGCUCGGAUUUUAAUUCUGUACUUUCCAUUGAAUUGAGAUUGUUUGCAUAUAUAUUAUAGGCAGCUUAAGAGUAAGGAGUUUUUGAAGGAACCGAGUUCCAAGUAUUGAAAUACUCGGGGAAAAAAAAGUAAGUAUAACUAGAGAAAAUUUUGUGAGCAAUGUAGUAAAAAUCGCGCUUUAAA